AUGCCGGGCUCUCACGCUUCCCGUCGCUCGUCGACCUCUCGCCGCAGCUCCCACUACGACGACGACGACGACGCCUCCACCAUCUACCCGGAGUCGAGCAUCUCCAACCGCUCCUCCAACGUCGGCUCUUCCGUCUCCGGCCACGGAGGUGGAAGCCACUCAGGCUCACGCACCGGCAGCCGGUCGGGCUCCAGCCACAGCCGCCCCCAAUCCUACCACCCAGCCCCAAGCUCGCACUACUCCAGCUCGGGCUCGCACGUAUCAUCAUCAAGCCGCGCCUCCUCACGAAGCCACGCCUCCUACGCCUCAGACAUGAGCGGGAGCACCAUCCGCCCCUCGGACCCCCGCCACGGAGAAAGGCACACAACGCGGCACGAAGGCCAGACACGAACGGCGGUAGUCAUCGAACCAAAGUGGGUGCGCGAGAAGCGCGCCCAGCGCGAAGGGCCCGAGCCGAUCUACGAAGACCGCGAGAUGGAGUACACGCGGUCCUCGUACCGCGACGAAUACUCCGACUACGGAGGCGAUUCGCGCUCGCGGGUCAGCUCCAGCACCAGCUCCAGCUCGCGCCGCCCGCGGUCGGAGUACAUGAGCGAUUCGGCGCACUCGCGUGUCAGCGGGUGGACGUCUCGCGUUAGUCCGUCGGACCGUGCUUCUGAAGUCGGGAGCUCGCACUCGCGGUCCUCGCGGUCCUCGAGCAGCGGUGGCCGGCGGAUGAGUGUUCGUGGGCCGGCGCAGGAGCCGGACAGUAGUGAUGACGAGCUGGACAGUCGGUUUUCGCGCAUGAGCAUGCGCGAGCGGGAUCGGUAUUCGCGGUACUAA